CUUCUCCUUCCUUCUUCCUUCUUCUCUCCUUAAUAAUUUCCCAAACGUCUGAGAUCUCAAAACCCUAGGGGGGGGGGGGAAAAUAGGGGGGAAAAAAAUAAAAAUGGGGAGGGGGAGAGUCGAGCUGAAGAGGAUCGAGAACAAGAUCAACAGGCAAGUGACCUUCGCCAAGAGGAGGAACGGGCUCCUCAAGAAAGCCUACGAGCUCUCCGUUCUCUGCGACGCCGAGGUCGCCCUCGUCGUCUUCUCCACUCGAGGCAAGCUCUACGAGUUCUGCAGCAGCCCCAGCAUGCUGAAAACACUCGACAGAUACCAAAAAUGUAGUUAUGGAGCACCAGAUACCAGUGUACAAAUACGGGAGAAUCAGAUGCUACAAAGUAGCCAUCAAGAGUACUUGAAACUUAAAGCACGAGUUGAGGCUUUACAGAGAUCUCAAAGGAAUCUUCUUGGUGAAGAUCUUGGGCCAUUGAGCAGCAAGGAGCUCGAGCAACUUGAAAAACAACUUGAUUCUUCACUGAAGCAAAUUAGGUCUACACGGACACAAUACAUGCUCGAUCAGCUUGGUGAUCUGCAAAGAAAGGAACAAAUGUUAUGUGAGGCUAAUAGGAGUCUGAGAAAACGGUAUGCGCAGUUGGAAGAAACAAGCCAGGCUAAUCAGCAACAAGUCUGGGAGGCCAAUGCUAAUGCAAUGGGAUACAGCCGGCAGCCGAGCCAACCACAAGGGGAAGAGUUCUUCCAUCCUCUUGAAUGCCAGCCCACUUUGCAAAUUGGGUUUCAACCUGACCAAAUGCCUGGCCCUAGCGCGAGCAGUUUCAUGCCUGGAUGGCUACAAUGAAUAAACUGCUCAAAUUAAUUUCUCUCAUAAUUCGGUGGGAAAUGGAGAGAAGAAAAGGGUGACAAUUUUGAUGCAGUAAUCAUAAUGCAAGUACAAACUUUGCAACUGUAUCCAUUUGUUAUUGUGUUGCCUGUUCAUGUAUGAGUUGUGUAAGUAUUUCCUAUUUUGAUUAUGCCAUAAAGCUAUCAAACGCUGUAUAAUGCAUAAGUUGUAUCCAAGUCUUUUGCUUCUAUUAUUUGCGCCUCUCUUGCUUCUA